AUGGCCGGCCGCAGGCUCCCGCCGCUGACGCAGCUGCCCCGUGGCUGCUCCCGGUUGGCCGCCGGUAGCGCGGCCCCGGGGGGACAGCGGGGAGAGGCCCCGGGGGGACACCGCGGGGCGGCCCCGGUGCUGGCGGCGCUGCUCGGGCUCGGGGCCGUGCUGGCCUACGGAGAGCGGCAGCGGAGGACCGCCCAGGCCGCCCGUGCCCCCCCGGCGCCGCAGUACCCCCGGUACACCCGGGCGGAGGUGGCGCAGCACCGCACCCCGAGCGACCGCGUGUGGGUCACGCACGGCACCGACGUCUUCGAUGUCACCGAUUUCGUGGAGAUGCACCCGGGGGGACCCGACAAGAUCCUGCUGGCGGCCGGGGGAGCCCUGGAGCCUUUUUGGGCUCUCUACGCCGUUCACAGCCAGCCCCACGUGCUGGAGCUGCUCCGCGAUUACAAAGUGGGCGAGCUGAGCCCCGAGGACGCCGCUCCACCCUCGGGCGACACCGAGGACCCGUUCUCCGGGGACCCCCCGCGCCACCCGGCGCUGCGGGUGAACAGCUUGAAACCUUUUAACGCCGAGCCGCCCCCGGAGCUGCUGACGCAGAGCUUCCUGACGCCCAACGAGCUUUUCUUCACCCGCAACCACCUGCCGGUGCCCGCCGUGGAGCCGGGCUCGUACCGGCUGCGCGUGGAGGGUCCCGGCGGCCGCUCGCUGUCGCUGUCGCUGGCGGAGCUGCGCCAGCGCUUCCCGAAGCACGAGGUGACGGCCACGCUGCAGUGCGCCGGGAACCGCAGGUCCGAGAUGAGCCGCGUCCGGCCCGUCAAAGGGCUGGCCUGGGACAUCGGGGCCAUCAGCACGGCGCGCUGGGGCGGAGCGCGGCUCCGGGACGUGCUGCUGGCCGCCGGUUUGGGCGACAGAACCGGCGAGUGGCACGUGUGCUUCGAAGGGUUGGACGCGGACGCUUCGGGGACGCCGUACGGAGCGUCCAUCCCGCUGGAGAGGGCGCUGAGCGCCGAGGCCGAGGUGCUGCUGGCCUACGAGAUGAACGGGCAGGAGCUGCCCAGGGAUCACGGCUUCCCCGUGCGCGUCGUGGUGCCCGGCGUGGUCGGGGCGCGGAGCGUGAAGUGGCUGCGGAGCGUGGCGGUGUCGCCGUCGGAGAGCCCGAGCCACUGGCAGCAGAACGAUUACAAAGGGUUCUGCCCGUCCGUGGAUUGGGAUUCCGUGGAUUUCAGGGCGGCGCCGGCCAUCCAGGAGCUGCCGGUGCAGUCGGCCAUCACCGAGCCGCGGCCCGGGGCGGCCGUGCCCGCCGGGGAGCUGACGGUGAAGGGAUACGCGUGGAGCGGAGGAGGAAGGGAGGUGAUCAGGGUGGACGUGUCCCUGGACGGGGGCCGGACGUGGCGCGAGGCCGAGCUGCUCCCGCGGCCGGAGCGGGGCCGCGGCUGGGCCUGGGCGCUGUGGGAGCUGCGGGCGCCGGUGCCCGCGGGCGCGCGGCUGGAGCUGGUCUGCAAGGCCGUGGAUCGCAGCUACAACGUGCAGCCCGACAGCGUGGGGCCCAUCUGGAACCUGCGCGGGGUGCUGAGCAACGCCUGGCACCGCGUCCCCGUCACCGUCACGCGCUGAGUGCCACCAUCGGGGACAGUGGGGUAUUGGGGACAUCAGGGACAGUAGGGACAUCACGGAUCCUUGGGGCCCAUCUGGAACCUGCAUGGGGUCCUGAGCAAUGCAGGCACCGCGUCCCUGACACUGUCACCCGCUGAGUGCCACCGUGGGGACAUCGAGGCAUUGGGGACAUUGGGGACACAUCAGGGUCCUGAGCAUGCCUGGCACCGCAUCCCUGUCACUGUCACCCGCUGAGUGCCACCAUGGGGACACCAGGGCAUUGGGGACAUUGGGGACACAGUGGGGUCCUGAGCAAUGCAGGCUCCGCGUCCCUGUCACUGCCAUCUGCUGAGUGCCAAGGACACCAAGGAUCCCUGGAGAUCAAUGGGAUCUCAGCGGGUCCCAAAGGCUCCUGGAGGGCCUGGGGAUCCCAAAGGGUUCCAUGGCCCCAAAGCGUCCCGCAGACCCCAAAGUGCUCUGCAGAGCCCCGGCUUCUAUUGACCCCAAAAGUCCCCGCAGACCCCAAAAGGGUUUUAUGGCCCCUGAAGGGUUUUAUAGACCCCAAAGGCUCCUACAGCCCCCAGGUUCCAUUGGUCCCACAGACCCCAAUGUGUUCUACAGACCCCAAAAGAUUCCGCAGACCCCAAAAGGAUUUUAUGGCCUCCCAAAGGAUUUUAUAAACCCCAAAGCAUUCCAAAGACCCCAAAAAGGGAUUUUUGCCCCCCCUCCCAAAGAGUUUUAUGGACACCAACGGGUUUUAUAGACCCCAGAAUGAUUUUAUGGACUCCAAAGGGUUCUGGAGACUCCAAAAGGAUUUUAUGGACACCAAAGGGUUCUGGAAACCCCAAAAGGAUUUUACGGACUCCAAAAGGUUCUGGAAACCCCAAAAGGAUUUUACGGACUCCAAAAGGUUCUGGAAACCCCAAAGAUUUCCACGGCCCAAAUGGAUUCUGCAGCCCCGGAGGUUCCUGCAGCCCCACAGCUCGAAGGUCAGCGGGGGUUUAUGGCCCCGGGGUUUUUAUGGCCCCCAACUUUUAUGGCCGCAGUGUUUUUAUGGCCCCUUUUUAUAGCCCGAUGUGUGAAAGUGCCUCCUGCCAUAAAGAUUUGGGAACUUU